AUGGUGUGGCAACCCGGCCAUGGAAGAGAGAGACGGGGGCCAAGGCCUCCUCUACCAGCCUUCGAAUUUCCCUCCAGUCAGGAGGCAAGCGAGUGUUCUUGUACCAUCAGAGUGCCACUGUUCGUUAAUCAGGUCCACCCUAACCUUAUUUUACCUUCUACUCACCGACAACAUCAGGGCACAACCACACCUUCUCCCCGAACAUCACCUCCUCCUCAAGACCCCAUCGUCACUCCACCUCCCGAAAAUCAGAUCAAGAUGAAUCCCGUUCCUAUAGAACCCGGUCUUCCAUCCUCAGCGGAUCCUUUCGCCGACCCUUUGUUUGGCAUGACCUUCCACAAUUUCGCCGUCCUGAAGAUCGGCAAUGUAAGUGAUGUCUCGCCUCGAUCUUCCGGCAGAACUCAUGGUGUUCAGAUUCCUUAUGGAGUCACCAAAUUAGAAAUCGCCCACUUCCUCGGUCGUGACGCCCAAGCCGACAUGAUUGACACUUCUCUCGGAACUCCUAUUCACAUCAUCAUGGAACGCUCUACAUCCAAAACUAUGGAUUGCUACAUCGAAAUGAAGACUCAAGGUGCUGCACUUGAGCAUUUCAGACGUCACUGGGAUGAGAUUACUGGCGGGUCAUGUCGACCUCCAAGAAUUGGUCAUCGACUUGUUACCGUCGAUAUGGCCACCACAGAUGAAUUGUUGAAAAAUAUGUUCCCACGUACGAAAUGUGUUCGCUGGGAGAAUGGACGACCUAUCAUCAUGGAGAAUGAGGACCCUUACAGCACUGGAUUUACAGGCUACUUUACGAAUGAAGAGAUGGUUGGAAUGGUUCGACAUGCAGAACAUCCACAGAGAUUUCCAUGGGCUGCUCCUGACACCUACACCCUCGGAGACCGCAACAGCCUCUUCAUCACCUACAUGAAGCUUCUCGACGUACUGGUCUACAAGGUCGAUCAGGGGAAUGUCGCUAUGCUCAGUCAACCACUCCUUCUCGAAUACAUCUUCGCCGGUUUAAAUUGCCGCGGUUUCGGAGAACGCCAACGAGGUCUGAUUCAUGCUCGUGGAGGCAGACAUGCUGUGCCUAUCCAGGUCCUUCAAAUUCAUCGCUACUGGCCUUUCGAAGUCAUUGGCAAAAAACUUCACAUCAAGGAUGAGGAACUCUGCAAGAACUAUCUCGGCCUCAUCGAGGAGGGCGUCCGAGUCCUCGGACUAGCCGAACUUCUGCCUAGCUACUUCAUCAACGCGCCGGGACGUAUGCCUGGAGGACUUGACCCACCCAUUCCUAUCACCCAUUUCGAAUUCAACGAAUUAUCCCAAGGACUCAAGUUUUCAGAUGCUAUCAAGCUCGAGAUGCACUUGAUACGAAAGAUCUUCAAGGCUGGAUACAAGGAGGUCCAUGGAUUUUAUCCGGGAAUCGAAGAGCCUCCCUUGCAGCAGAUCUUGGCAGAAAUCAGGGGCGAAGCUACGCAGACAAGUGUAGAGCUAUCUAUGGCAGCAAGCAUGGAGCGUCUGAGGCUGCAAACCGCAAAGUUGAGAAAAGAUUCUCCACCACAGAGCCCAAAGGGUACUCCUGCACCUCGCGAUGUCGAUGUCGUCGAUGACGAAAACACUUCUCUUGACGUUGGCCGUCUGCCUCAUGCCCCAGUCACGCCUACGGAUGUUGAGCCUCGCCGCCGUCUCUCCGAGCCGCAACCUCUCACCCGCACACUCGGUGACAGCUUUGAGAUUACACCUUUACGAUCUUCGAGCGGUAGCAAGGCGGUCCCGAUCCAGGAUCCGAAGACGAAAUUGCUGGUUACGCCGACAAAGCCAAGCAAGAGAACGAGCCUGAGAAUUGAUGACACUAUCCAGGAGGAGAACGAGGAUGACGAUGGAGAGGAUUGA